GAUCACUCUCCGCUCCCUUCCCUACCCCAAUCGCCCGUCAAGAUGGCCGCUGCAAUCAAGGCGAUCAACGCAAAGAUCCGUUCCAACAAGGUUCUGGACUAUGUCUGCUCUACACAUUUCUGGGGCCCUGUCUCCAACUUCGGUAUCCCCGUUGCUGCCGUGAUGGACACCCAGAAGGACCCUGAAAUCAUCUCCGGCCAGAUGACCGGCGCCCUUGUCAUCUACUCGGCAACCUUCAUGCGCUACGCCCUCGCCGUCUCCCCUAAGAACUACCUCCUCUUCGCCUGUCACGCCAUUAACUUCUCCGCCCAAUGUACUCAAGGAUACCGCUACCUCAACUACUGGAACUGGGGAGGCCGUGAAGCUAAGCUCGCUGCUGAAGCCACUCAGCAGGGCUUGCAGGCCCCCGAGGCUGGCGCAUAAAUGAUCCGAACCUUGUCUUUACCUGCCGCGUGGCCGAGAACAAAGGAUGCCCGUUUUCAAUCAGUAGUAGAUUUAGACCUCACAAGAGACAAGUGGCCAAUGGAUGGCGAUUUGUGGAAUACAGAUCGGAUCGGACGCAAGAGGCUGGCCUCAUUUAACACUGGUUUUCUUUGGGUAGAAGAACGG